UAAAUAUUGUUAGGAAUAAUAUGUCUUCAAGACCAACCACCUCGCAGCUGAUAUUUUAUGGCGUCACCGAGUUUUUGAAUAACAAGAUGAAAGCACACAAUGCAAAGUACAGGUUUGUAAGUAACCCCAAGACUGCUUUUACUGGAACCCUUCCAGUAGAGGUCGCUCCUUCUAGAUACAUCAAAGGUUUAGUUAAAAACUUUGAAACUUCUCCAGGAGUGAUCGUAGUCAUGCUUAUUUACAUUGAAAGGCUCCUUGAGAAGAUGGAGCUCCAGUACAGACAAGUAGGAGGCACAGACCCCAUUUUGUUUACCUCUUUCAAUGCCCACAGGAUCAUUUUGACGACUUUCUUGGUGGCCCAAAAAUACAGCGAGGACCGGAAUUACAGGCUAGCGUCUAUUGCGAAGGUCGGUGGGAUUGAAAAAGAGGAACUUAUCUUCCUCGAGAACGAGUUCUUGGACUUUAUGGAUUUUAACCUACAUAUUCAUGAGGAAGAAUUUAAUAGAUAUGUCGAAUCUGCUAUUGUAUUUAGCCGACAGUUGUGAUCUAAUACUCAGACAUAACCAGCCUGGGGAGGUCUACCGGCCAAGAAAAUUAGCCACUCAUAUUCCUGAUUUUCGUCAGAAAGCAGAUAGAAAUCAUGCUGAUGGAGUUGUUUAUCGCUCUCGCUAGAACCGAAAUGGGAAUAUGGAUAGCGACCUCAGAGAAUUCCUUUCCUGCCUUUAGGUCCGAAACUGAUAUUUCUGUGGUG